AUGCAGUUUUCCACCGUCUUCGCCAUCUUCGCCGCCACCAUGGUCGCCGCCGCACCCACAUCUCCCAUGGACUCAACUCUUGAGGCCAGAAAGGACCCCGGUGCCAUCGCCGCCUGCGAGACACAGACAGCAGCCGACCAGGUUGCCUGCAUUGAUAAGUGCAACAAGGACGCCGCGUGCAUCACCGCUUGCUCUCUGGAUGCUGCCCAGAAGUACACUGCUUGCGCCACGAACUAG